AUGUCUUCAGACAACGAUAUAGCAACGUGUGAUCCUAUCAAAGCAUCACCGCCCAGUGAGGAAGUUGAUGUAAGCCCACCAAAAUACUCUUGGUAUCAUGGAGUCUUUUUCAAUGCCACAGUUGUUGGUAUUUCGGCGUUUGCGGCGCCAGGAUUAUGGAAUGCGAUGAACUCGGUUGGUGCUGGAGGGCAGCAGACCCCGUAUCUUGUCAUGGCGGGCAAUGCUAUUCUAUUCGCCGUAAUGACGCUGACGUGCCUGACUGGGAGUAUGAUGGCUAACCGAUUCGGCUUGCGAAACUCUUUAGUAGUCGGCACAGUUGGUUAUGUGAUCUACUCGGCAGCUCUAUACACGAAUAAUCGCUACGGUACGGAAUGGUUCAUAUACCUAGGCUCGGCAGUCUGCGGCCUCUCAGCAGGGAUUUUCUGGGCAACAGAAGGCACUAUUAUGCUGAGCUAUCCCGAGCCAGAAAAGCGUGGCAGGUACCUGGCUUAUUGGCUCAGUUAUCGCAACAGCGGCUCUAUACUCGGUGGUAUUAUUAACCUUGCCUUCAACUACCGAGGAAGGACGACGGGUAAACUCGACUGGAGAACCUAUAUCGUCUUUGUUGUUCUACAAUGCUUGGGGCCAAUAUCUUCCUUAUUAUUGACCCCGCCCGAAAAGGUCGUUCGCAGAAAUGGAUCGCGUGUCCAGCUAUCAGAUAGGAUAUCAGACCUUGAAGAGCUAAAGGCCCUGACGCGCGUUCUGUUCCGAAGAGACUUUCUCUUGAUUAUACCUUACUUCGUAUACGUCACAUGGGAGCUCCCAUAUAUUAGUGCCUACUUAUCCCUAUAUUUCUCAGUCCGUUCGCGCGCUUUGGCUUCUCUUGUCUCCGCGAUUUCCCAGGUUGCCACGACCCUCGCAUUCGGGGCUUUCUUGGAUUGGACAGGAGUAAGUCUGAAUAAGCGAGCCAGAUAUGGUUAUAUAGUUAUGAUGAUUCUUAUUGGUGGCUGCUGGAUUUGGGGGGUCAUCAUACAAAACGAAUAUACGCACCAUAAACCAGCCCUGGACUGGGACGAUGGUGGAUUUGGGAGAGGCUGGGCAUUAUACAUUUUCUGGCAGAUCAACUUCUCACUCACGUAUAACUUUGGCUUCUGGCUUAUCGGCUUCCUAGCCAGGGAGCCCAAAGAGAUUGUGAGGUAUAUGUCGAUUGCGAGAGCUGCAGAGUCAGCUGGACAGUGUAUAUCGAGCGGUAUUAGCUCGACUUCAUCACCGCUAAUAUCAGCUUUGGGGGUUAGCUUUGCCCUAUGGGGUAUUGCUGUCAUCCCGGCAUACUUCGUAGUUCGCCAAGUGGGAGUAAUUCACAUUGGCCCUGAGAAAUCAACCCCGGAUUCUCAUGAAAACGAUAAGGGGUUAGAAAGGUCAUAG